GUGUCACGCAGCCCUCACACACCGAGCCCAUUGUCAGAGCAUCCGUUACAGAGCUGCUGACGUCAUGGCCUGUGCUAGGAGGGAAGAGCACUGGGCACGGCUCAGUGUAGAGUGGGACUGAGUUAGCAACACAGAGGAUUAACAAAACAACAUCAAAAUGAGAGUCAACAUGGAGAAGUUUGUUGUGGCUCUUCUUGGUGUCAUCGGGUUGACUUGGACUUUCUCCACAGCCACACAAGUAGGUCUGGCUGACAAAGUCCUGGUGUUCCCUUAUGAGACGGACUUCAGUUUCGUGGCCUUGACCCCGCAGAAGGAGAUGUCUCUGAAGGCCUUCACCCUCUGCAUGCGUGUUGCCACAGAGCUGCCGGAGGAGCGACAGAUCAUCCUGUUCGCCUACCGCACGGCCGACUACGACGAACUCAACGUGUGGCGUGAAAGGGAUGGACGCGUCUCCUUCUACAUGAGCGGUGACGGCGCCUUCUUCCACCUGCCUCCCAUCACCACCUUCCGCAGCAGCCUCUGCCUCACCUGGGAGUCUCGCACCGGCCUCGCUGCCUUCUGGGUGGAAGGGAAACGCAGCACCUACCAGGUCUACAAACCCGGUCACACCAUCCGUCCAAAAGGCACCAUCAUCCUGGGGCAAGACCCGGACAAACACCUGGGAGGGUUGGAGGCCGUGCAGAGCUUUGUAGGGGAGGUGACUGAUCUGAAUAUGUGGGACUUUGUGCUCUCCAGGAGCAUGAUUCAGGCCUGGCACUACGGACACAAGGUCCCCAAGGGAAAUAUCUUCGACUGGGCCACUAUUGAGUACGCGCUGAACGGGAACGUGAUGGUGGUGGAUGAUGACUGACUGGAUGAGACGUCCAGUGCAGAGAGGGAUCAGGCUUUAGAGGUCAGUGUUGGACUGAUAUGUGUAUUUGUCUUUCUUAGAUUCAGUGUUGUUUUAUGUUAUGACCACUCAGCUCUUUUUCCAUGAAGUUCACAAGUUUCUGUUUGUUAUGCUGCAUGAAGAAACUCUGGAUUCGCCAGUAUUGGUGCCGAAAGAAGUUACUCAAGCAAAAGUACCAAUACCAGUUACUAAUACAAGGUAAAAGUGCAGCACAAAAAUUCCUACUUAAGUAUAAAUGUUUAGGUAUUUGCAUCAAAUUAAUUUAAUAAGUUGUUAUCAACUUAUAAAUGUCUGAAACGUAAGCCGGACUACAUAAUGCUUUCUGUAAGAUGUCAGAAGCCAAAAGUUUUGGAAGCCACUGGUUUAAUCUUCAACAAUAUGUUGUGUUCUAAAAGUUAUAUUAUUCACUGUGUAAAAUCUGCAUCUUGGAGGUAAUUAAAGCUGUCAGAUAAAUAUAGAAGAGUAGAAAGUACAAUAUUUCCCUUCGAAAUGUAGUGGAGUGGAAUUAAAAGUAGCAUAAAAAUACUGAAGUAAAGUGCAAUUCUCUCAAAAUUCCACUUAGGUACAGUACCAGAGUAGAUGUUAUUUUCAAUUCAGUGGCAACAAAAGCCAAUAUGCCAUUUAAACCUUUUGUCAAGUGGUAUCUCAGUGUUGUGUUUCAUAUUAAUCCUCUUAGUAUUUUCCUUUACUUGGUGUGAGGCCUCACAGGUGAAAAUCAAGCACAGAAGCUGUUGUGCCAGAUGUAUCCAUGGGGUGGCACUCUGCACUCGUCCAUAUCACACAGUCACUUACCUCAAACUAAACAUUUUCAUAAAUGUAGCCACUAAUGUGAUUUGGCAUUUAUUAGAAUUUCAAGAAAAUAAUUAAUUGCCGCAUUUCAGACUAAUUUAAAUUUGUUCACCCUAAAUGUAUUUACAUAUGGUGAGAAUUAAGUAGAUAAAAAAGUCAAAUAACUAAGACAUCAGCUUAUAUUACCAUGACAUUAGAAUGUAUAUAAGAUCAAAUUUCAACAGCCAUGAAUAAUAUGAAGCUUAAGUUUAAAACUGCAAGUGAGAAAGUUAUUUACAAGUAAAAACUGAUUUCAGUAAAACAUUAUCUAUCAAAAAUUCUACAUUUAUUUGUCAAAAUUAAACGUACUAUAACAAAAACUUGCUAUUAUGCAUGCAGUGAGUACACGUUCUUUUACAGAAUUUUAUUGAUAGUUAACUUGUGAAGGAGUUAUUAAAACAGCAUAAAGGGGGCUUUUACAGACUUUUAUCUGCACUGAGAGACAAACAGCAAUUAUCAUGUUUAAAAUCCAGCGCCUUAAUGUUGCCUUUGGUUAGUGAACUCACUCAUGAAUUUUCCAUGUUGCAACUGAUGUAAGAGUGCUUUUGGGUCUGAAAUAAUAUCUUGCCAUGUGCAUAACUAAUAAUGUUUGUAAUUAAAGAGAAUAUUUCAUCUUUGAA